AUGGUAUCACUCUGCAACGAGAUGGUGGAAAACCCACCGUUGCAGAAUCCAGCCCUGCACUUCCACCCUCUGCUGGCAGGGGGCGGGGCAGGCCCCAGCCUGGAGCUUGCACACAUCGCCACCCCGUGGCGUGUCCUGGGGAGCCGGAUGGCAAGGGUGCAGCAGAAUGGGGCUGACGGUGAGGAGGGCCUACCACCCUCCGUCUGCUCCGCGGAGCCCGGCGGUCUGGGGAGGGAGCGGGGCGCACCCCACCCCCAUACUGUUCCGAGCUGUGGGACAGGGCCUCUGGCUUCAGAGAGCCACUACAUUUCGUUUCUCGUGCGGGACUCGGCUCCCGGCAUGAGGGCUGGCCCGCAAGGCCCUCCUGGUGGACGACCCUUUGUGGCCGCUGUGGCACGCUUCCACAAAUGCAGCGACUUAAAGCGACUCUGGAGAUCAGACUUGUACAAAAAUAGCCACUGGGGACUCCGUGCCCGUGGCCAGGUCGGGGGAGUGAAUGACCGAGAUAUCCGCACCAGUAAUCCAGGCUCACAGACCAACGUGCGGGGGAGCGCCAGCGGGAAGGGCGCAGGCCGUGACCGAGAAGGCUGCUACAGGGACCGGUCCCACCGCUGGGAGUCAGACCCCAGUCCUCAUGCUCCCCGGGAUAGCCCCCACCCCAACCUGACCGGCCAGAGAAGGACGACACCACACCCACAUGGCGGGCAGUGGGGGACCCAGGAUGUCGCCCGCGAGACGCGCGCCCUAGGGGCAGCUCCUCCGCCCGCCGUCAGGAUGAUGUGCGGGGCGCCCUCCGCCACGCAGCCCGCCACGGCCGAGACCCAGGCCAUCGCCGACCAGGCAGGUGGUAGGAGGGUGGGCCGAGCGGGCCGGUCGGGGCCAGAGCGGGCGGAAGCACCCGAACGGCUCCUUCGGCGCGGCGCCCCUCCCCUGCCGCCAGCCCGCUGCCCCCCGGCCGCCCCGGGCCUCGCUCGGGUGGCUCCACCGCCCGACCGCAGUGCAGGUGGUUUCACUCAUGACGAGCUGCUGAAGGUUUGGAAAGGACUGUUUUACUGCAUGUGGAUGCAGGACAAGGCCCUCCUCCAGGAGGAACUAGGGAGGACCAUUUCCCAGCUCAUCCAUGCUUUUCAGACCACAGAGGCACAGCACCUGUUCCUUCAAACAUUCUGGCAAACCAUGAACCGCGAGUGGACGGGCAUUGACAGACUGCGCCUGGAUAAGUUCUACAUGCUCAUGCGGAUGGUCCUGAACGAGUCCUUGAAGGCCCUGAAGAUGCAGGGGUGGGAAGAAAGGCAGGCGGAACGGCUGCUGGAGCUGCUGACGACAGAGAUCCUGCACCCUGACAGCCAGGCCCCCAGCGGGGUCAAGAGCCACUUCCUUGAGAUCUUCCUGGAGGAGCUGAGCAAAGUGGGCGCCGCGGAGCUGACGGCGGACCAGAACCUCAAGUUCAUCGAGCCCUUCUGCACGAUCGCCGCUCAGACUAAGGACUCCCUGGUCUUGCAUAACAUCACUCGGGGCGUCUUUGAAACGAUUGUGGAGCAGGCCCCGUUUGCCAUCGAGGACCUUAUGAAUGAGUUGGAGGCACCAGAGGAGGAGGAGGGGACGUCGGAGGACGAGCGGGAGGAGGACGUGCCGUCCAAGGAGCCACGGAGAGGCUCUCUCCAUGGGGCCGCACCUGACACGAGCGAGGAGCCAGCAGGAGAUGGCGAGGACAGCAUGGGCCCCGUCCUCCAGGUGGGGCUCUUCCCUGAGGAUGACGUUCCGGAAAAAGCCUGCAGGAACCUGCAGGAAGACAGGCGAGAGAGGAAGACGAAGAAGCGUUUGCCCAAAUCUGCGUUACAGAACAAGGCAGGGAAAGGCGGCGAGGAGGACUCGUGUCCAGACCUGAGCUCCGGAGCUGAGAGGAUGGCGAGGCGGCAGGGCUCGGGGGCUGAGCGCACCGGGCCCCAGGAGCAGCCCGGGGGCCCUGCUGGGAGAGGGGCUCGGAAGAGGCGGCGGCGGCGGCGGCCUCGGGUGGGGGCCAGAGCGAAGGUGACCGAUUGCCAGGACCUGCGGAUGAGGAGGCGGCGGCCGCCACGGAGCGGGAAGUGA